AGAUGCAUUGAAUGAAUGUGUUCAGAUCUCUGGUCCUCUUCUAGAUGAAAGUCAGGUUAGAUCUAUUGUGGAUGAGAUAAAACAAGCAAUCACAGCUAGUGCGACCAGAAAAAGUGAGAGAGCUGAAAGAGCCAAAGCUGAAGACUUUGAUGCUGAGGAGGGAGAGUUGACUAAAGAAGAAAAUGAACAAGAGGAAGAAGAUUUUUACCAAAUGGGUGAAAUCUUGGGAACUUUGAUCAAAACGUUUAAAGUCUCUUUCUUGCCUUUCUUUGACGAGCUAUCUUCAUAUCUUACACCUAUGUGGGGUAAAGAUAAGACAGCUGAAGAAAGAAGGGUUGCGAUUUGUGUUUUUGAUGAUGUUGUGGAACAGUGUCGUGAAGCAGCUCUAAAAUAUUAUGACACAUAUCUUCCUUUCAUGUUGGAGGCUUGCAAUGAUGAGACCCCAGAUGUGCGACAGGCAGCAGUAUAUGGACUUGGUGUUUGUGCAGAAUUUGGUGGACCCGUAUUUAAGCCAAUUGUUGGAGAGGCUUUAUCAAGGUUAAAUGCUGUAAUAGGACAUCCAAAUGCUUUGCUACCUGAAAACGUUAUGGCUUAUGAUAAUGCUGUUUCCGCUUUAGGAAAAAUAUGUCUGUUCCAUCGCAACAGUAUUGAUGCAACUCAGGUUGUUCCUGCAUGGUUAAAUUGCUUGCCAAUAAAAGGUGAUCUGAUUGAAGCCAAAGUCGUUCAUGAACAACUUUGUUCAAUGGUCGAGAGGUCCGACAAUGAAGUUUUGGGUCCCAACCAUAAUUCCCUUCCUAAGAUUGUUGCGGUAUUUGCUGAGGUUUUAUGUGGAAAGGAUUAAACCACAGAACAAACAGCAAGUCGGAUGGCGAAUCUACUGAAACAGCUUCAGCAGACUUUGCCACCGGAAGCAUUGGCGUCAACUUGGUCAUCUUUGCAGCCGCAACAACAGCUCGCUUUGCAAUCCAUCCUCUCCGCAUAGUUCAAGUAAAUAGGCUCGACAGGCAUCUGUCUUGCAUGUGAAGCAUAUUAUCAUACAAAAUUCUUUUCCCUUGGUUUUUGCGUGAUGUUUUUAUCCCCAAGGCAGCGAUGAAGGUGUGAUGAUCGAAAUGAACUCUUGCCGCUAUUUAUUUAAUUUAAUUAUGGAAUGUGUAUAGUGUAAGGUAUCUAUUUAUAAUAUGGGUACAGGUAUCGAGUCUAG